GAAAUCUCACAGGAAUUUGGUCUCAGUUGCACUUUUAACCUCAAAAAGACCAUGAACAAUUUGUUGUCUCUGCUCUGUCAUUAUUCCUUGCUGAUUCUAUUUCAAUCUAAAUAUCAGGUGUAUGGAAACAAUUCACGGCUAUCCAAAAACCCAGGGUUUGAAGUUUUACAGACAGCGUCCCACUACUGGCCCCUGGAAGAUAUGGAUGGAAUCCAUGAGUUUCGGGAUACAAAUGGAGCUCUAAGAAUCCACAACUUCACUGUGCUUCCUUCCCAUAAUUCUACCUUUGUAUAUACCAAUGACUCUGCCUACUCUAACUUCUCUGCAACCGUAGAUAUUGUAGAAGGAAUGGUCAACAAAGGAAUUUACCUCACUGAACAAAAAAGAGUUACCUUUCUCAUCUUUGGAAACUCCCAAAACUCUUGCAUUAGUAAUCCAGAAAUGUGUGGACCUGAAGGAGUAACAUUUUCCUUUUUCUGGAAGACUCAGGAGCAGCAGGCUAACUUUCCCCCAGCCUAUGGUGGACAGGUCAUUUCCAGUGGUUUCAAAAUCUGCUCAAGUGAAGAUGAAGGCUCUCUGGAAUUUUAUGCCCGUGGGAAUUCAAUGAAGUGGGAGGCAAGAUUUAGUCCCCCAGGUCCUUACUGGACUCAUAUUCUCUUCACGUGGAAAUCAAAAGAAGGUUUGAAAGUCUAUGUCAAUGGAACUCUAAACACCACCGACCCAAAUGGGAAAGUUUCCUACAGCUAUGGGGACCCCAACGCAAAUCUGCUGACAGGGACAGAGAAUGAUCAGAGCAAACGCUAUGUGAACGGGGCUUUUGAUGAGUUUAUCAUAUGGGAAAGGGCACUCACCCCCAAGGAAAUUGAACUAUACUUUACAGCUGCUAUCGGCAAGCAACUUUUGCUUCCUUCAACACCUCUGUGGCCCAUUAUGACAACCACUACAAAUCCCAUGCUCUCCACAGAUGCCUAUCAUCCUAUCAUAACUAAACUGACUGAGGAGAGAGGAAACUUCCAGUACCCAGAGGACCUGCUCCACUACCUGGAAAACAUAUCACUCAGUUUACCCAACAAAUCCCCGUCGGAGAAUACUGCCUUCAACCUGACAGAGGCUUUCUUGAAAGCUGUUGAAGAUUUUCUUUUGUUACCCAGCUGGAUUGGCAUAUUGGAGACUGCUCCUGUUGUUGGAGGUUUAAUCGAAACAAUUGACAAUGUGAUGGUGCACAUGGCCUGCAAUCUGGGAGGAAACCCACUCGUUGUAACCGUUGAGGGCUCAUCAACUGUAGCAGAUUACUCUUUGGUCAAAAUGCCUCCUCAGACUUUGAAUUUGUCUCACUACCGCUUCCCAUCACAAGGACGGAGUUAUAUUUCUAUCCCCAGUGAAGCUUUUCAUAACAAAGCUUGGGUUACCAUUGUGGGCCUUUUUUACCAUAACAUGCACCAUUUCUUCCGGAACAUCAACCCUAUGGACACCAAGAUCGUUGAGGCUGCUGCUUAUAAAGGCUACAUGAUCUCUGCAAUGAGCUAUAUUAUUUCCCUGAAGGUGGAGCCACCACCAACCUUGUCUCAUAAUCUGUCAGGAUCUCCUCUUAUUACCAUUCGGCUCACCCAUAAAUUGACUCCUCAGCAGUACAGCCAAGCAGUGAAUGAAAGCAACAAAGUUAACCUGUAUUGUGCAUUUCUGGACUAUAGCAAUGGAACUGCCAUGUGGUCUAAUGAAGGCUGUGUGCGUGAUGGCGGGGACCUCAACUAUUCAAUCUGCCUGUGUAACCACCUCACCAACUUUGCUAUUCUGAUGCAAGUGGUACCCCUGAAGCUGACGACUCAACACCAGAUGGUGCUGUCAUCCAUCACUUACAUCGGCUGCUCCAUGUCCAUCUUCUGUUUGACUAUCACUCUGGUCACGUUUGCUAUACUGUCCUCUGUCAGCACCAUGCGUAAUCAGCGCUACCACAUCCACGCCAACCUGUCCUUUGCCAUCCUGGUGGCUCAGAUCCUGCUUCUCAUCAGCUUUCAAUUCAGCCCUGGAAUGGUGCCUUGCAAAAUCUUGGCCAUUCUCCUUCAUUUCUUCUUCCUGAGUGCUUUUGCUUGGAUGCUGGUGGAAGGAUUUCAUCUCUACAGCAUGGUGAUCAAAGUGUUUGGGUCAGAAGAGAGCAAGCAUUUAUACUACUAUGGGAUUGGAUGGGGGUGCCCACUGGUGAUCUGCAUCAUCUCUGCAGCUUCAGCCAUGGACUGUUAUGGAGAAAGUGGAAAUUGCUGGCUUUCACUGGAGAACGGCGCAAUCUGGGCUUUUGUGGCCCCAGCAUUGUUUGUAAUUGUGGUCAAUAUUGGCAUUCUCAUUGCUGUCACCCGAGUCAUCUCGAGAAUCAGCGCAGACAACUAUAAGGUGCACGGAGAUGCCAAUGCAUUCAAGUUGACAGCUAAGGCAGUUGCUGUAUUGUUACCGAUCUUGGGAAGUUCAUGGAUCUUUGGAGUUCUAGCUGUCAAUGACCAUGCAAUAGUAUUUCAGUACAUGUUUGCAAUAUUCAAUUCCUUGCAAGGAUUUUUCAUCUUCCUGUUUCACUGUCUUCUGAAUUCAGAGGUUAGAGCCGCCUUUAAGCACAAAACCAAGGUGUGGUCCCUCACCAGCAGUUCCAUUCGCAACAUCAAUGUGAAACCCUUCAACUCUGAUAUCAUGACUGGGAAUAGGCCGGGUACAACUCCUACAAAGAUGAACACCUGGGACAAGAGUACUAAUUCAGCCAAUCGGAUUGAUUUAUCAGCAGUCUGA